CUUUACAUCAUCGUCGUGUGAUCCCGUUGACAUUUCAUGCUGGUGCUCUUGUUCAAUAACGUUAGCAGCAGCGACACGGUGCAGCGACCUGCCCGGAAUUAAACCAACAGAUCCGCGGUGGUUUUGACUGAGAGGCUGGGCAGGCGACAGACGGAGGAUGUCUCAAGUGCUGAGGCUCCUCUCGGCAGUCGCUCUGCCUCUCUGCCGGCCUGGAGGAGCCCGGGCUCGGCUCUCCGCGGUGUGCGCAGGACGGCUCUUCACAGCCGCAUAUCGGAGCUCCGCUGCCCUGAAUGGCUAUCGGAUUCCAGCUCACUUCCCCUUCAGUCGCAGAUUCCAGACGGCACAGCGACGACUUUACUCCAGUGAACCCAAAGAUGGAGGAGGAGGAGGUGGAGGUGGAGGAAGAUCAGGAGGAGGGAAUAGAGGAGGAGGUCCAGGAAAAGACUGGUGGAGUCGAAUGCAGAAGGGUGACUUCCCGUGGGAUGAGAAGGAUUUCCGUUACAUGGCGAUCACCGCGGCUGGUAUCAGUUCAAUUCUACUCUACUUCUACUUCAGAGACAGUGGAAGAGAGAUAAGCUGGAAGGAUUUUGUCCAUCGAUACCUGGGCAGAGGCCUGGUGGACCGGUUAGAGGUCAUCAACAAACAGUACGUCAGAGUCGUCCUGGUGCCGGGAGCUGAUGCUGAUGCGGGCUACGUUUGGUUCAACAUCGGCAGUGUUGACACGUUUGAGAGGAACCUUGAGAUGGCGCACGCGGAGCUCGGCCUGGAGCCGUCCCACCGAGCCACCGUAGUCUACAGCACUGAGAGCGAUGGAUCUUUUCUGAUGACCUUGCUCCCCACCCUACUGCUGAUUGGUUUUCUGUUGUUCACUCUGCGACGAGGACCAAUGGGAGGAGGCCCUGGUGGUGGGAGGGGCGGGCCAUUUAGCAUGAGUGAGUCAACAGCCAAAAUGAUGAAGGACAGCACUGGCGUGAAGUUUAAGGAUGUGGCCGGCUGCGAGGAGGCCAAACUGGAGAUCCUGGAGUUUGUCAACUUCCUGAAGAACCCACAGCAGUACCUGGACCUUGGAGCCAAGAUCCCCAAGGGUGCUGUGCUAUCUGGUCCUCCUGGGACGGGGAAGACUCUGCUGGCCAAAGCCACAGCUGGAGAAGCCAACGUUCCCUUCAUCACUGUCAAUGGCUCUGAGUUCCUGGAGAUGUUUGUGGGCGUUGGUCCAGCCAGGGUGAGGGACAUGUUUGCCAUGGCGAGGAAGAACGCCCCCUGCAUCCUCUUCAUCGAUGAGAUCGAUGCUGUUGGGAGAAAGAGAGGAGGAGGGAACUUUGGUGGUCAGAGUGAACAGGAGAACACUCUGAACCAGCUGCUGGUGGAGAUGGACGGUUUUAACACAGCUACUAAUGUAGUGGUCCUAGCUGGAACCAACAGACCUGACAUCCUGGAUCCUGCUCUGAUGAGGCCGGGGCGCUUCGACAGACAGAUCUACAUCGGUCCUCCAGACAUCAAGGGGAGGGCGUCCAUCUUUAAAGUUCAUCUUUUACCAAUCAAACUGGAUCCAAACCUGGACAAAGACAAUCUUGCCAGGAAGAUGGCUGCUGCCACACCAGGAUUCACUGGAGCCGACAUCGCUAAUGUCUGCAAUGAGGCGGCUCUGAUUGCCGCAAGAUACCUGGACACAUCCGUCAAGGGCAAACACUUUGAACAGGCCAUUGACAGAGUCAUCGGAGGUCUGGAAAAGAAGACUCAGGUCCUACAGCCCACAGAGAAGAAGACUGUGGCAUAUCACGAGGCCGGCCAUGCCAUCGUGGGCUGGUUCCUGGAGCACGCCGACCCACUGCUGAAGGUGUCGAUUAUUCCGCGGGGGAAGGGUCUGGGUUACGCUCAGUACCUGCCCAGGGAGCAGUACCUGUACAGCAGAGAGCAGCUCUUUGACAGGAUGUGCAUGAUGCUGGGAGGUCGUGUGGCCGAGCAGGUGUUCUUCGGCCGGAUCACCACCGGCGCUCAGGACGACCUGAAGAAGAUCACGCAGUCUGCCUACGCUCAGGUGGUGCAGUUUGGGAUGAGCGACAAGGUGGGGCAGGUGUCAUUCGAUCUUCCCCGGCAGGGUGAGAUGGUCCUGGAGAAACCGUACAGCGAGGCAACAGCCGAGCUGAUCGAUGAGGAGGUUCGAGGGCUGGUGGAUCGAGCUUACGAGCGCACCAUGCAGCUCAUUCUGGAAAAGAAGGACCUGGUAGAGAUGGUGGGGAAGCGUCUCCUGGAGAAAGAGGUUCUAGACAAGGGGGACAUGUUGGAGCUCCUGGGCCCGCGGCCAUUUGAAGAGAAGUCAACGUACGAGGAGUUUGUGGAGGGGACUGGGAGCUUUGAGGAGGACACAAGCUUGCCCGAGGGCCUCCGAGACUGGAACCAGGACAGAGGAGGGGAGGCCGAAGACACGAGCCCGGCUCAGGAUAAACAGCACGCUGUGUAGAGCAGGAAGUCGUUUUUCAUCCCAGCUGCACAAACUCAACUUGGUGUGGAUUUACUUGGGAGUCUGAGAGGUGAUUAUUUCAUAAACGAGUAAGUAAUAAUUCAAACCCUCAAAUUAACAGCUCUAAUCCCUCAGAGCAGCAAGUUCACGGCUUCAUCCAGAGUGUCCCCUCAACAGACUGUUUGCUUAGAUUUUACAUUCUAGCCAUCGUGAGAGUAUAUUCAGUUUUUUUUCCUGUUAAAAAUGAAGGAAGGGGUAAAAAUAUAUUUAAGCUUAGAAAUGACAUAUUUCAUUGUUUGGACUUGAAUUUGCUCCAGAAUGCCUUAACACACUCAUCAAACAGGAAACCAUCCAAGAACAGAUUUUAAUCUUCCUGAAAGGACUGUAAAUUAAUUAUAUUUACAGUGUGACAACGGACUGAUUAUAUCUUUUUAUUUAUUUCACCAUGGCAGUUGUGCUCAUUGACUGACGUCUGCCUAACUGGUAAUGAGGGAAGAGCUCAAGUUUAACUUUCUGCAGCUAAUUUCAAAACCUUUUUACAGGUUAAAUAUUUAGUGAAUUGAUUUGAGGUUUUUAUUUAUUUUCAUUUUUUGUUUCAGACAGUUGUUUUUACAACAUUUCAAAGUUGGUGCACAGGUUUUCUUGUGUUAAGUCAUAACACUGACAUGUUUCAGUGUUCAGGUCAGUUUGGAUGUAUUUUCUACAGAAACACCUCGAUGCUGUAAAAUGAUGUGUAAAUGUUUGUAUAAAUUCUGUGUGAUAAUGACUCGACAGGAAGCUGCUACAUCACAUCAGUGAAUAACAGCUUUCAUUUUUCGGUGCUUGCUGAAGAAUUUAUGCUGGAACAUUUGCUGUUGAAACAAACUCCCCCAAAAAACACUGAAAACAAAAUCCACUUUUACCAUCUUUAGACACAAUGACUGCUUUCUCUAUCACAGUAAAAGGCUUACUGUAUUUGUUUUUUGUGUUUUUACAACAUUUCCCUUGAAGAGAGUAAAACCAGUUACACUUCUCUUCUCAGCCUGAUGUCUGCCUCUAUAAUACUCCAGAGGAAACUCUAAACACUGCAUUUAGAAACUUGAGCCUUUUAUUACUUAAGAGUUUCUCCUAAAUGUGUAGAGAUGUGUGAAAUUUGAUUUGCUUUCAGGUCAAAUUUAAGUACUUCUUAUUUCACAGAUGUUUUAAGACAAUCUGAAACCUAGUCACUGAAACAUGAAUUGAUAGAGUUCAGUAUCUAAAUGCAGCCACUUAGUUUCAUCUGGAGAUUUAAGAUGAAAAUUACGGGAGGAAAAACCCACAUGAAAAAUCUUUCCAUGAUGUUUAACUAAAUUCAAGGUGUUAAAAUUCUUCUAUCAGUAGGCAUUCUGGGAAGUGGAGGAAAUAUUUGGUUGAAGCAGAAGUAACCGAGAUCAAGGCCCAAAGCACAAGUAUUAUCGAUAAAAGUGUCUAUGGGGUAUUUCUUCUACUUUUGAAUGUAUUGUCAUCUUUGUCAUUACUACACCUGUCCAGCAGGGGGUGAUCUCACUGUUCAUCUGCAGGAGGGUGUGGCUGACACGUGUACAUUCUGACAAUAAACAGCUGUAAAGUCUUGUAUUAACUGAAGUGUUCAAUACCUAAUCAAGAUUAUUAAAGGAAAAAAAAUAUUUUCCCAGAGUCUGAUUCAGUCACACCCUCUCGUGCAUGAACUGUGUUAAAGAUCUGAGGUCUGUGAUUAGUAGAAUAACUUGUGUCAACCAAAAUGACUUUCUGUUGAAUUAAAUCCCUUUGUUAUAUUUAACCUUG